AUGUUUGACAAAAUAAACGAACAAUCACAAGAACAACAAGUUGAAGAAUUAAAUAACAUUAAUCAAUUAACACUUAAAGUUGAUGAUAUUAAAAUCAGUAGCUCUAACAACGAAUCAAAAAUCACAGAUGAUUCAUCAAAUACCACUACUAAUACUGUCCUCGUUUUAACAAACAAUGAAACCACUAGAAAUGUUAUCAAAGAAUUUUAUGAUAAUUUACCAAAAGAUAAGAAAGAAAGAAAAACAUAUUUAAAGAAUUUCAAACAAUCAAUAAAACAAGAAAGAUCCAAACUAAAAGAGAUUAAGAAAUCAAUGAAAUAUGAUACAAAAACAUCAAAAGUCGAAAAGAAAUGUGAAAAAAAAUGUGAAAACAAAUGUGCAAAGAAUGCUAAAUAUGGUCGUCGUCAUAACUUCACUGCUCCAGCCACCAAUGGCUCAAAUGAUGAUUAUAAACAAAGAAAAUAUCAAUAUAAAUACCAAUCAUUACAAAAGAAAAGAGUAAUCUUAUUAACAAAACUUCAACAUAUCGACUCAAAACUUCAAUUCUUUAACUCUACCCCAGUUCCAGCCCAAACCUCUCCAUACUAUCAACAAGCUGCUCCACAACAAUAUUCAUUCUACCAUUAA